CAUCAACUGACCUCUACGGAGAACCCCAACUCAUUAUUCUGUUGGUAAAGUCACAUGUGCGCCGUUGAUCUCAAUCCUUUUGCGAGUGAUGCGGAGGAUGACUGCCCUGUCACAUACAAGUGUGCCGCCCCUCACCACACGGCCUAGAGAAAGGGGCGAAAACCGAGGGGUUGCGGUCCCAUCAUCUAGGGCUGUUCCUGAAACGUCGACUGAACUCUCUUUGCUCGCCUACAUCCCCACCGCUCCACCGCUGCCUCCCACGUUCCACGCAAAGGCCCCGCAGAGAGAACCUUGAAGAACCCUAGCAGCGCUCUCUUGGGCAACGCAACUCAGGUUGAAGCCUGACCUCCCCGUUGGCCAACUCCCCAGCCGAGAGCGAGACGCAGG